AGCAAAAUCUAGGCGCCGCCGUCGCCACUCGGCUCACGCCUUCGUCGCCCGCUUCCCCUCCCUAGGUUUUCUUCGCGCUGCUCCUCCCCGGCCACGCCUCCGUCCGAGCUCGUCGCUGCCCUCCGUAGCGGCUCGCCCUGGUCGUCGGCGCAGCCCCCCCGCCGGAGGUUCCCCGCCGUCCUGAUCCGGCCGGUUUCGUUCGGUGCCGUCGAGUUCGUCUCCCCGGCGCAAGGAUGGCGGACGAGGAACAUACUCAAACUUCUAGGAAGAGGGUUGCAGAAAAACAAAUCAACAAGGAUCAUCCUGAGCCUGAUGAUGACUCGUCGGAACAAGAAACAGGAACAUUUAAGAAAGCCAGUGAGGAAGUGAUGGCAACCCGAAAGAUUGUAAAGGUUCGGCGUCAGCAGCCGUCAGCAGCUCCUUCUUCUAAUCCUUUCUCUGCAAUUAGAUUCACCCCCAGUGAUCCUGUUGUUCAAGCAAAUAUCACAGUCUCAGAGCCUCCACCUUCUGAUGUUAGCAAUGGAAGUGGGAAAGAGUCAGAUGCAAAAAACAAGUCCAGUGCCCUAACUGAAGCACCCUCUCAACUUGAUGAGUCAGAUAGCAAGGCAGAAGACACAGUGGAUGGAACUGGUGAGAACAAAGUGGUUGUUGAAGAACCCAAGGAAGAUAACACCAGGACAUCUGGAAUUGAGGGCAAACCAGAAGAUGGAGAUGCUGAAGAGAAGAAAUCAGUAGAUGAAGCUGGAGGUGAGGAUAAAAUCUGCAAAGAUGAUGAUGAGAAGAAAGAUGAAGCUGAAUCAGGGGCCAAGGAUGGACCUUCUGAGCAGAAGGAUGCUGAUAACAAAGGGCAGUCAUCAUCACAGACGCCUCUUUUCUCCUUCACCAAUCUGUCAAGUGGCCAAAAUGCUUUCACGGGACUGGCUGGAACUGGAUUUUCAGGCUCAUCAUUUUCAUUUGGCUCAGGCUCUAAAGACAGCUCAAAUGCUCCCCUGUUUGGGCUAAAGAGUGAUGGCUCAUCAUUCCCUUCUUUCAACAUUGGUGCUACCAACAACGGGAGCUCUGCCCCAGCACUCGGCGUUGCAGCGGAGGCGCCGAAGAAAUUUGCCAUGUCAGAGGGCCCAGUUGAAACUGGCGAAGAGAACGAGAAGGCUGUGUUCACUGCUGACUCUGCAAUAUAUGAGUACCUCGAUGGUGGCUGGAAGGAAAGAGGAAAGGGUGAACUGAAGCUGAACAUCCCGGUAUCUGGUGGCGAGAGAUCUCGGCUCGUCAUGAGGGCCAAGGGCAACUACCGGCUCAUUCUGAAUGCAAGCCUUUACGACGACAUGACGCUGAAGGACAUGGACAAGAAGGGCGUGACGUUUGCUUGCAUCAACAGCAUCAGCGAAUCACCGAGCGGGCUCACCACAUUUGCUCUGAAGUUUAAGGAUGCGGGCAUCCGGGAAGAUUUCAAGGCUGCAGUGGAGACGCACAAGGCGAAGAAGGCUUCAGACGCGCCGAAGAGCCCAGAGAGCUCCCCGAAGGCUUCCGACGUUUGAAACCCACCCCGGUUCCGCGUUUUGAUGUGUAUGUGUCAGAGCAGGUGUUCCUUGCUCUUCCCGGAGUCUUGUCUUGAGUUAAAACGUAUUGGUUUCUGGUGUGUCCUGUUGCUGGUCUGGACUCUGGAACGGUGGGUGGUCUGUCGAACUUUAAUUAAAGUCAUAAUUUUAGUAAACUGGAGAAAUGAGACUCUUUCCGGCCA